UGUGACGUCAUGAGGAUGCGCCGCGCUGCUGUGAUUCAACUGAAGAAAGAACCGAGUGUCCAAGAAACUGCUGCUGAAGCGACUGAGAUCCACACACUAUUAUAAAGAUGGCGUUUAUUAAAGAGGAGAGUGAAGAUGUUAAAACUGAAGAAGCGUUCAGAGUCAAACAUGAAGAGACUGAGGAUCAAACAAAGACGGCGUUUAUUAAAGAGGAGAGUGAAGACUUCAGGAUUGAAGAAGUGUUCAGUCUGAAACAAGAUACUGAGGAACAAACAGACCUAAUGGCAUUGAAAAAAGAGACAGAAGUACUCAAUGGCAUUGAAGAGAAAGAUCAAGACGAGAAUCUGCAUGAUUUCACAACUGGAAUAAAAUAUUUUAGGCGUUCACAGACUGAAAAGAUUUCCACACGAAAAAAAGCUCUAAAGAGUGGAACAACUAGAAGUGACUUCACUAGCUUUCGGUUUGGAAAGAGUUUCAAUCAACAAGGAAACCUUAAAGUCCACAUUGGGGAGAUCCCUUUCAGUUGCCAACACUGUGGGAAAAGUUUCACUCAUAAAGGAAGCUUUAAGAGGCACAUGAGAAUUCACACUGGAGAAAAGCCUUACACCUGCAAACAGUGUGGAAAAAGUUUUGCUCAACAUGGAAACCUUAAUGUCCACAUGAGAAUACACAAUGGAGAGAGUCCCUUCACUUGCCAACAGUGCGGAAAAAGUUUCAGUCAUCAAGGAAGCCUUAACCACCACAUGAGAAAUCACACUGGAGAAAAGCCUUACACCUGCCAACAGUGUGGAAAAAGUUUCAUUUAUAAAGGAAGCCUUAAGAGGCACAUGAGAAUUCACACUGAAGAAAAGCCUUUCACCUGCCAACACUGUGGAAAACGUUUUGCUCAACAUGGAAACCUUAAAGUCCACAUGAGAAUACACAAUGGAGAGACUCCCUUCACUUGCCAGCACUGUGGAAAAAGUUUCAGUCAAAAAGGAAGCUUUGACAGGCACAUAAGAAUGCACACCGGAGAGAAGCCUUACACCUGCAAACUGUGUGGAAAAAGUUUCAGUCAAAAAGGAAGCUUUGACACCCAUAUAAGAGUUCACACUGGAGAGAAGCCUUUCACCUGCAAACUGUGUGGAAAGAGUUUUGCUCAACAUGUAAACCUUAAAGUCCACAUGAGAAUACACAAUGGUCCCUUCACCUCCCAACAGUGAGUGCGUUUACAUGCACCCUCUUAAUGCGAUUAUAAUGAGAUUUUGACAAUAUUGCGAUUAAACUUUACCUCAUGUAAACGCAAUACUUUGAUCUAAAUAGUGUGAUUAAGCUCAUAAUCGCAGCAAGCAUAAUCGUAUUAACAUGGGUGGCGUACACUGAUUUUAAUCUAAAUAUACAUGUAUUUAAACACCUUAAUCGCAGUAUUGCAGCUCUGACCAAAGUGAGCGUGCGCAUGUGCUCGUGACAUACAUGAAUGAUGUGACAUGCACCUGUAACAAUACGCCGAUAAGAAACGGUGGUGGGGAAGAAAGCAUCUCAUUCUGGGGAAAACACGAUUAACGUUAGCUGCCACCAGUUCCUUGAAACCCUCAUCCAGAAACGCUGAGUAGAACGCGACGGCAGCAUAGGCAAACAAAUCCCAUCACAUUUCUAUGGUGACGAAAAAGCAUGGAAUAAAGCCAUACAAAAGUGUUUUGCAUUAGACGUAAAUAAAUUAAAACAGCGGCCAGUAACACACCUGCUCUUUCUGAGUCCAUCAUUUGUGCUGUGCAGUGGGGUAUGUGAAUAAUGGCAGUAAAAAAAUAAACACAAUUCUUAGCGAAUAAUAAGAAUAAUGGAAAUUGCAUGUAAACGGGAGUAAGAGCUUUGCUCUUGACAUGUAAACAUCAUAAUGCGAUUAAGUCCUUACUCUGAUUAUUGGAAAUAAUCGCAUUAUUCGUGCGCAUGUAAACAUAGUCAGUGUGGAAAAAGAUUCAGUCAUCAAAGCCUUAGCCACCACAUGGGAGUUCACACUGGAGAGAAGCCUUACACCUGCAAACUGUGUGGGGAAGGUUUCACUCAUCAAGGAAGCCUUAACUGGUACAUGACUGUUCACACUGGAGAGAAGCUUUACACAUGACAACAAAGUGAAGAAGUAGUUUCAGUCAAAAAGGAAACUUAAACAGGCACACAUGAAUUCACACAGAAUAAAACCCUUACACCUGCCAACAGCAUUUAGAGAGUUUUACUCAACAUGGAAACCUUAGAGUCCACAUGAGAAUUCACACCGCAUAAAACCCUUACACCUGCCUCCUGCAAAGCGAGUAGAAUUGUCAAAGAUGGAUCAGUACCAACUGUUUGUCCAACUUCGUAUUCAGAACAUGUAAGUACAGCACGUUAUAUUUUGAGAAUGUGCUUGUUAGCACACUGUAUGGUUAAUGUGGCUUAAGUUACCACAGCUCUGAUCUUCAUGAAUACAGUCAGAGACAAUGUCAUUAGUUUUAUUUUUAAGAAGUAAUAACAUUGUGCUUCUGAAUUUUACAGGCAGUG